CGUGGUUUCGUCAUUAUCAGGCGUCCAUUCAAAGAGUGGAAAGCGCGACUUUGUCGCGGUAGCACUGUUGUUUGAAUUAAAAUUUACAGCAGUGUUGUUGACAUACACUGUGAAGUAAAACUGUAAUCGUCGAUUCAAAAGAAUACGAGAAUAUGGUGGAAAAAGAAGAAUCAGUGAUAAGUGAAGAGGAGGCGGCACAGUAUGAUAGACAGAUCCGAUUAUGGGGUCUUGACGCCCAGAAACGGCUCAGAGGGUCUCGUGUCCUGUUAGUUGGAAUGAAGGGUCUUGGAGCUGAAGUGGCAAAAAAUUUAAUUUUAGCAGGAGUGAAGGCCCUUACCAUGCUUGACCAUGAACAGAUCACUGAAGAAGUCACUCGAUCUCAGUUUCUAAUUCCAGUAGACUCCUCGGAAAAGAACAGAGCACAUGCCUCCUUGGAACGUGCUCAGUAUUUAAAUCCUAUGGUUGAAGUCAAAGCAGAUAACGAAAAUGUUGAAAACAAGUCUGAUGAUUUUUUCCUGCAGUUUGAUGCUGUAUGCCUAACAUGUUGUUCUCGUGAUCUCAUGAUAAAAAUUGAUCAACUCUGCCAUAAGCACCAAAUCAAGUUCUUUGCAGGGGAUGUAUUUGGAUACCAUGGAUUUACAUUUGCAGAUCUUGGAGUUGAACAUGAGUUUGUGGAGGAGAAGCCUAAAAUGGUCAAGCCAAGUCAAGAAAUAAGCGAUGGCCCUGAAGCAAAGAAGCCAAAGAUAGAUCCAAAUGAAACAAUGAUGGUGAAAAAGAUUUCAUCCUUCUGCCAGCUGAAGGAUGCCCUUGAGGUUGACUGGAGUGGAGAAAAAAUGAAGAACCUUCUGAAACGUACACCUAAUGACUACUUUCUCUUGCAAGUGUUGCUGAAGUUCCGCACAGACAAGGGUCGUGAUCCACUACCAGAAUGUUUCCCAGAAGACUCUGAACUUCUCCUACAGAUACGCAAUGAUGUUCUAGACUCACAAGGAUUAAGCAGUGAUCUUCUUCCUGAUGAUUUUGUCAGCUGGUGUUUUUCUGAAAUGGCCCCUGUUUGCGCAGUGGUAGGAGGUGUGCUUGGGCAGGAAAUUGUUAAAGCACUUUCCCAAAGAGAUGCACCACACCGGAACUUUUUCUUUUUUGAUGGAAUUAAAGGAAGUGGUGUUGUUGAUUGCCUAGGUGUAAAGUAAUAAAAAAAAAAACUGCAAACGCAAGUCUCAAUUUACAAUAAAAAGAAACUGUAAAGUGCUUUCAUUUAAAGUUCUCUCCAGCAGGUCUAUUGCAGUACGUCUGUUGGGAGUUAUUUUUAUAUGUGUCACAAAUUAGAGUUUGGUCAAUCCCAGUCAGUAGUUUAUAGUAAUCUACCCUAAAGGAUUUAAAGUUAUUACUUGUCACAUUUUCAUGUUGUAUUCCAGAAUGACUUUUCUUAUUAAACUUUUUACAUUUUUUUCCAA